AUGGAAACACUACGUCGCGAGAUUUUGGAGUGUUUUGGUGUUUUGGAAGAAGCUCUUAUCGCAGAAUGUGCAAAAAUUUGUCAAAUGUUCAACUUGAGUGGAGAAGACCUCUUUUAUAAGUGGGAGGCAAUGAAUUUUGGGGUAUCCGGUCGACAACCAUUCGCAUCUGAUGUCAUUCCGGCUCUCAAAGCGAAGUGCCAGAGCGAUUUGGCCAAAGCGACCGUGAGGCAGAAAGUCAGAGUCAAUUUGACUGGACCUCUUUCACGAAAUCUCGGGAGCGGAAUUGGAAGACCGGGAAUACGGCUAGAUGCUCAACUCGGAAACAAGAUACCCGUAAAGCCCAGUGUACGCAGACAGGAUGGUUUCGAUAUGACGGCGAGCGAACAGAAAGCAUCUAUUGCAGGCUCGAGUAAAGUGAGGUUCAUUGGACCAAAAUCCGACAAAGUGCCGCAUGAACGACAUCAAUACCGGUACAUGUACGAGACGGUCUAUGAUCGAAGUACAGCGCUAGAUAGACGUAUAGACGACAUGGGACAACUAGUCAAAGAGCACUAUGGCAUUGAGGAUUUGUCUGAUCCUUCUGCUGCUACUGAAGAAAUUGUGACAGUAGUAGGCCGGAUCGUGCAUGACCUUGAAACCUCCGGAGGCGCGAAAUUGAAUGAAGCUUCUUUGGUUCUCGAGUCGUCGCGCCAGAUGGGUUCUGGUGUCAGAGUGUCUCUACGAUUCGAUCCAGCACUACAAAUUCGUCAAGCAAGACAAGGGGUUGGAAGCAUCGGAUUCUUCCCAGGUGCUAUUGUUGCGUGCAAAGGCAAGAAUGGUGGCGGCGGCUGGUUUCUCGUCACCGAGAUACUUACUUUGCCGCCACUUCCACCUAAUCCUGGAAUUGCCACAGGUGACAGCGCCGAUUCAUUCAGUAUAUGCGUCGCUUGUGGUCCAUUCACCCCCGACUCUGAUCUUAAUUUUAACUCCUGGAAAAAGUUGCUGGAUAAAGUCAAGGUGGAGAAGCCCACCGUAUUAUUACUUGUGGGGCCAUUCAUUGACGUCAAUCACCCAGUAGUGAAGAACGGUGAAAUGGAUAUUUCUGCGGCUGACAUGUUCCAUGAUAAAUUCCAGCUGCUGGACUUUCUAAAAUCAUCUCCAGAUAGCAUGGUAUUAAUUGUUCCUAGUGUGCGAGACGCGAUAAGCGAUCACGCAGUUUUACCACAGUGCGAACUCGGCUCAGGAUUUGCCCCCGAUCCUCGCGUUCUUAUGCUACCAAAUCCUUGCCGCUUUUCGUUAAACGGCUUGUCCUUCGCGAUCACCAGCGUAGAUGUCCUCUUCCACCUGCGCAAAGAGGAAUUCGUGAAACGCGCGCAAGAGGUUGAUCCUAUUCCCUCCGUCAGCAAAGAGGAACACGCCAAUGAUUUGAUGACGAACACAUGUCGUCACAUAUUGCAGCAACGAAGUUUCUACCCGUUAUUUCCGGCCCCUUACGAUCUUUCACAUGAGGUGAACCUCGAUGUAUCUCAUUCUGGCGGUCUUAAUAUCUGUACUGGUGGUGCUGAGGCUAGCUUCGCACCUGAUGUUCUGAUCACACCUAGUAGGCUCAAGCACUUCGUAAAGACAGUAGAUUCUUCUUUGGCAAUCAAUCCUUCAUCUGUAGCGAAGGGAACUUAUGCUAUGAUAACUUACACAAAUCCAGGAGAAGGUGUCUCUAUCAAUGAUUGCCCUAUUGGGACGACAAUCCCUACCACAGAAAGCUUAGCGUUAAAGUCUCGGGGUGCUGUUGAGCCCACUGACCCCCCUCUUCCUCCUCCGACAAGGACAGAGACUAGCUUGAAGCGAGAGGAAUGGAUGCUAAUGCCUUCACUCAGUUCUGUUGUGCCCGAAGUCCGCACUGUUUUGAAUGUGCCAACAGGCGAUGAGUUACUUACGGAAGACUAUGGCGAGCCGUCAAAAACAGCAGGGACAAUAAGCAGUACUGUCGAUUUCUUCUCUACUCUUGGCACAGAAUACAAAAAGAAGCCCCCGCCGGACCGACCUGACCCUGAUAAGCUUCACGUCAGCCACAGAGAGCUCAACAUGGGACUCAAGGAGGGCAAACACCUGGACGAAAUCCCCCAGAUCACCCCUAAAGCUAAUAUUCCUGGUGGACCUGGCUCGCAGUGGCGGAUGAUGAAGCUGAGGCGAGUGAAUGAACAAGCAGAGGAGGAAGGCAAGUCAGUGGAGGAUGUUGCGCUCGAUCGGUUUGAGUCUAUGGAAGCAUUCCAUGAAGCACAAGAAGAGCGGCGUAUCCUCGAUGAGAGGGAAGGUAGACGCGCGGGUCGAGGUGGAGAGCGGAAGGAGAAGGGUAAAGAACCGGAAGGUGGGAGGCGCUUCAUGUUCACUGACAUCGGUGGCAGCGCGCUGUCUAGUCAAAGCUCUUCGUUCCGGCGUCCAGGUCUAGGAGCGAAUACACCGUCGACGCCGACACCAGAGCCUCGUCCAAGGAGCAAACGAUUUGAUUCACUGCAACUCUCUUCACAAAAAGGAUCACCCCAAGCACUAUCUCACUCUCCCAUCCCGACCGCAGUGACGCCAUCGGUGUCGUAUAUGAGCUCGAAAUCUCGUGCUCUGUCGCCUUCUUCGUUAAACAAGUUGCAAGCGAAGGUGUUACGAGCGAAACUCAUGAGCGCGCCUGACGCUGAGAAGCUGGAGAAAGAAUAUGAGGAAGAGGUACAUAAGGCCCAUGGAAGCAGAACAGGUGAUGACAGCGUUCGAACGAAGGUUGAAGUAUUACCGACACUCGAUGCGCGCGGGCGGCUAUAUGACUUGGGACGAGGUACAGGGGAUGACACUCUUCCUUACGGAAAUCGCAAGAAGAAAGAUAACGUCGAGACUCGAGAUCCUAAGACGGGUGAAAUUGUUCGCUAUAAUGCGGAUGACGACUCUAUUACGCUGGGUGAAAUGCUUCGACAGGAGAGGAUGGGCGCAGGUCCAGCAGACCAGAAGAAUCUGGAUGCGGAGUUCGCUCGCCAGAUAAUGUCGGACGGCAAAUUUGAGAAUGAUUUGGAAUAUAUGGAUGACAACGCUGAAAAAUUAGGCAGGAAAAAGAUGCGAUCUGACGCUAUGAAACGGCAAUUUGCUAUCAAUGAUUAUAAGCGGACACAAAAAGUCCUGGCUACAUGUCCAUUUUGUUAUAGCGAGGACGACUCUUUGCCUAGGUCCCCUAUGAUUGCACUUGGAACCCGUGUCUACCUCUCUUGCACGCUCACAGACGAGCUCGUACCGGGUCACUGUCUCAUCGUUCCUAUUCAACAUCAUCUUACGAUGCUGGAAGGCGAUGAUGACGUUUGGGAUGAAGUUCGGAACUUCAUGAAGUGCCUCAUGAGAAUGUUUGCAGAGGAAGACCAAGGUGUCAUUUUUUAUGAGACCGUUAUCUCGCUCAAGCGGCAGAAACACACAGUGAUCGAGUGCGUGCCCCUACCGUGGGCGCAGUUUGAAGUAAUUCCAGGAUAUUUCAAGGAAUCUAUACUUGCAUCGGAGACAGAGUGGGCUCAGCAUAAAAAAUUGAUCAACUUCUCCAGACCGGGUGGUUUCCGUAGGGCAAUGGUACCCAAUCUGCCUUAUUUUAUGGUCCAAUUUGAUUAUAAGGGCGAGAAAGGCUACGGGCAUGUUAUUGAGGGCACGGAGGAAGCAGCAGGCAACGGUGAUGAUCCCGAGGGCGACAUUGACGAAGGGGAGAAAGGUGGAGGCGAAUUUCCUUGGUACUUUGCGGGAGAGAUCAUUGGCAAUCUUCUUGAAUUGGAGCCUCGUCGGUGGCGACGGCCCAGACGGGUAGAUUUUCAUCAAAACAAAGACCGUGUGGCACGAUUCAGAAGGAAGUAUGAUCAAUUUGACUGGACAGGUCUGCUAGGACGGUCUUAG